AUGAACAGGCAGAGGAAUAGACAGAGGCCAACACCCACUGAUCCGUCAUCAAGAGACCGAUCCUACGCCAUAACCGUAGACUCACCGCCGAUCGCUAGUGCUAAAAAUGUAGACUGGAGUUCAAACUUGAACACUCUCCACAUACCCAUCAAGGUGGAACGGUGGAAGCCUGAUCCUACAUUUAAUGAUUCGUUUGGGGCUGCCGAAUCCAUACCAUUGCAGAAAUGGGCUACAUACUCUGCCAUAAUUGAGAGCAAACGAGUAGAAGAGGAACGAAUAAGGCGGCAGCAUGAAAUGACGGAAUUUCAACGCUCUUUACGGUCGAGGUUACAACUGCACGCUCAAUUAAAGAAGCAGGCUUUAUCUGAUGCUAUAGAACAGGUCACAGCUCAAUCGAUACAGAGCCACGAUAGGUGGUCCCAUUUACAGUCGAAACAACCGCAAACACAUCGAAAGACCCAAAAAGCUAUCCAAAAUGGUCAGAAGCGACUGCAAGCAACACUAUCCAGUGAAUCGUUAGACAUACAGGACUUUCCUGACGAUCGAUUGUACUUUGUAUAUCCUGAAGACCCAUAUCAUCACUUUCACAAGAUGCCGGCUUCGGAGUCGACAGAGCUUAUCGCAGAGUGGCAUCAAGUGCCGGGAGGUUUACCUCAAGAUGAUGGAGCUCUCGUUCGAGAGUUGAGAAUGUCUGUGAGAGCAUCUCAGUUAGAUGAAAUCAAACGGAAACAGUUUGGUCAAGUCUACUUGGCCAACAGGCAUAAAUACAGUCUCCAGGAACGAGCCCAGGCCAGUGAAUGGCGAGAAAACCACGUCGAAAAGAGCAAAACUCGGCCUAGCUCACCUGAAGCCUCUGCUUCACCAAGGCCGAAACCUAGAUCUAGUGCCACGUACACCGAUACGAGGCUUCACGCGGCUCAUCAUCUGGAAUAUCGUGUGGAAAAGUACUCUGGAAUGGACUCUGAUACUCCUCAGCAAACUGUAUUUGAUGCGCUUGAUUGA